AUGCAAGAGAACACAGCGGCAGAAAAGUUAAUAGCUGAAAAUAUGCGAAAAAGCGCAAGGUAUGUGGCACGCUACACGCAAACAAGCAUCCCGAAAUUUGAUACGAAGUGGAUUAUUUUAGUGGGGGUUAUGCUCCUGAUGGUGGCUGUUUAUGUGAUGACCUGCGUAAUUUCAGCACGAGAGAAGACGGCGUAUAUAAAUAGAGUGAACGCGAACGCAGAAAUUCCUCUGCUAAGGGUGGAGAACGAGGACGGAGUGUGCAUAGCUGCAACCACGGAAAGAGACAAAAAAACGUGGCAGAGAAGGCAAAAGCAAAGGUACAGCCAAAACAGGCGCUAUAUACAGAUGGCGCAAGUCGGGAUGUUACUUGGAGGCCUACUUUCAAUGGGCGUGCUGGCCUUUUAUUUUUUAUCCCAAAUGUGA